CCAUGUCACACCCUCAAAAAAUGGCCGCUGACAACCACACAAGUCACCGUGUUGCCAUGGAAUAGCAUGGAAUUAAACCUUCUUCAGUGUAUGUGUUUUGUGAAAAAACCAAAACAGGAGCUUCAGGAUUUUUAUAAAAAAACAUUGCUCUAUUUGUUAUAUAAUCCAAAUACAAAGGAACAUGGGAGGCCACGGUGGUCACGGUCAUGGUCACGAAGAGCCCUUCCAGGUCCCAGACUAUAGGAUUUACAAGGUAGAAGACGUUCCAGAGCUCAUGGCUACAAAAAGAGCCCUACAAUCGCUUGGUUUGAAGGACCCAUGGUUGAGGAAUGAAGUAUGGAGAUACAAUCCUAAAGAGUUUGGCACAGAAAGUGGCAGGUUGCGUCUGGCAUUCUUCAGAGGUUUCAAGUAUGGUUUUGCAGCUUUUGUGGUGACAGUCGUUGGCACAGCAAUCUAUGAUAAAGUGUUCCCUGAUGAACAUGGCCAUGGACAUGGUGGCCAUCACUAAUGUGUUGUAAAUAUGUAGAGUAGAUAUAAUAAAUUGUUCAUUUUUCCAGUACUAUGAUCAUUAUUCAAUCCAGCUCCAGUAUUAUACAAAACAAUCUACUGAUCUGUAAUAAUAAAAAACUUGUGAAGCUAUCUCUCCAGACUAUAUUCUUCGAUGUACCCAAUAGCAAUGGCUACUGCAGAUAACGAUCUUUACUGACCCAUAUCAAUAGAUCUACAUGUACUUAAUUUCAAUUUAAUAUCUUGAUGAGGUUGGAACGUCAAAACUCUUUUUUUCAUAUAUGAAAUUAUAAUCUCAACAUCCUGUGUCUGCGCAAUGAGGCC